AUGACUCUUGGCUCAGGAGGAUCCAGCGUCGUGGUACCUAGAAAUUUUAGAUUGCUCGAGGAACUCGAACGUGGUGAAAAGGGAAUCGGAGAUGGAACUGUGAGCUAUGGAAUGGAUGAUGGAGAUGAUAUUUACAUGCGUUCUUGGACUGGAACCAUCAUAGGCCCCCACAAUUCCGUUCAUGAAGGGCGCAUAUAUCAGUUGAAGCUGUUCUGUGACAAAGAUUACCCAGAGAAGCCUCCCAGUGUCCGAUUCCAUUCCCGGAUAAACAUGACGUGCGUAAACCAUGAAACUGGAGUGGUUGAACCUAAAAAAUUCGGGCUUCUAGCCAACUGGCAACGGGAGUACACGAUGGAGGAUAUCCUAACACAGCUUAAGAAAGAGAUGGCUUCCCCACACAACCGCAAGCUUGAUAGGGUUGCGGGUGGUCGCUCUCCCGGUGAUUUCUGCUUAUGGCGAGGCCGCGGUGUCUCUUCGGGUGGGGCUGCUGCUUUGUUUUCCCCUUUUUUUUGGGGGAGGGGGGGAUUAGGGUGGGAGGGUCCACCUCUGGUCCAUCGUGCUCCUCUCCUUUCUGGUGUUGGACGGAGGUGGCGACAGUCGUGGCCACACCGAUGUUCGGGUUUUAGUGUUUUAGGCCUGGUGUUUGGUGCCGGAUGUGGUUGGUUGAGGUUCGGGUUUUUAGGCCCUAGCUGGGAUGUCCGUCCAGAUUGGGUUGGGGCCGUUGAUGUCAGACUUAGCUAG